AUGGGCUGUAGUGAAGAAGAGAAGGCGAGCUUUUGGGAAGAUCUGGAGCAGUACGUUCAAUCCCUGGAAAGCGAAGAAAUACUUUUAAUUGGAGGAGACUUCAACGGACAUGUCGGUUCUCGGAAAGACAGAUUCGAAAGUUGUCAUGGUGGAUACGGCUAUGGAGCUCGUAACGACGACGGGUUGCGAAUCCUGGGGUAUGCUGUUGCAAGUGACUUGAUCAUUGCUAACACGCAGUAUUGGAAAAGAAAAUCGCAUUUGAUCACGUACACCAGCGGCGGUCGUGAAACACAAAUAGAUUUCUGGAUGUUACGCCGACGAGAUCGCCGACUUCUGCAGGAUUCAAAAGUCAUCUCUACAGACCAUGUCGCUGCCCAACACCAUCUGCUCGUUAUGGACUUGAAAAUCUCCCAUCCAAGGAAGAGACAUCCAAGGACUGAAACACAGCGCAUCAAAUGGUGGAAUCUGAAGGAUAGAAAGGAGGUGUUUUUCGCGUCCGUGGCUCCAUCUACACUUCCUCACCCCACUCGUACGGUGGUCGUCUACUUCCAGCGUUAUACGCUUGACCGCGGAAAACACUCUGGGAAAGACGACUUUAGGUAUAAGCUCUGGUGGAGGACGCGUCAGCCUGAAGAUUGGGGUGCUUACCUAGCGGCGAAGAGGGAGGCUAAGAAGGCAGUUUCCAAGGCGAAGUCGAACCGCUACAAGGCUGUGUACGACAUGCUUGAUACAAAAGAGGGGGAGCGGACAGUGUAUCGUUUAGUCAGAGCGCGACAUCGCCCAACGUUGGAUAUGGAACACAACAAGAUCGUUAAGGGAGCUGAUGGAGCCGUUCUGCGCCGCCCUGGUCAGAUCCUGGAGAGGUGGCGAGAGUACUACAACCACUUGUGUAACGAAGAGUUCUGUCAUUCUCCGAUCCCAACAGUUCCCAGCGUCGAGGGUCCUGUUCUACCAAUUACUGCCGUCGAAGUCAGGGCUGCCCUCGCAAAAAUGAAGUCGAACAAGGCAACUGGUCCUGAUGACAAACCUGCUGAUGUCUGGAAGCUGCUAGGAGAUCGAGGGUUCGUGUGGCUCGCAACUCCAUUUAACAAGAUCGUUGCAGAAGGACGGACUCCAGACGUUGGGCAAACUUCCGUGACCGUGCCUGUCUGGAAAGGGAAAGGAGACAUUGCUGAGUGCACUUCGUACAGGCCUAUACGGCUGCUGUGCCAUACGAUGAAGGUUUUUGAGCGUGUCCUGGAGGCUCGUCUGAGGAAAAUUGUUAGCGUUUCACUCAACCAGUGCUGCUUUGUGAAGGACUGCAGCACAAUAGAUGCUAUCCAUGCUGUCCGAAUCCUCCUGGAGAAACAUCGAGAGAAGAACCGCAGUCUGCAUCUUGCUUUUCUCGAUCUCGAGAAAGCUUUCGACCGUGUCCCACAUGAGUACAGUCUUGGAAGGAUCAGCUGCAGAAAUAUGGAUUGCGCCUCAACACAUCAAAAACUGAGUACAUGGAGUGCGGACCAAGGAUAG